AGACCAUCUACGACGCCCUUACGGCAGUCUGCACUGAACUUUGUGCGAGAUUAGUUGCUUUGUCUAGCAGGAGCUCUCUUAACGAGGGGAAAGAAAGAUGACCAAGUCCACCUUCUUGAAGAGUGAGGACUCUGCGUGGUCACGUUUUGUGCAUGCCACUACGCGGAGACAGAACGUUCCCGGUCGUGUGGCUGAUAAGGACACGCCUGGGCAGCUACAGAAAGUCCUCACAUUGUUCGAUUUAGUGUUACGGCUACAGGCAGCACUUGUAAUAGAUUAGAUGUAGACUUGUUGCCAGAUGAUGUAGAUGUAUAGCUUCUAUGUGACAGGCAGCACUUGUUGCAAGAUGAUGUAGAUGUGCAGCACUUGUAAUAGAUGUACUUAGAUGUAUUAUAGCUUCUAUGUGAAGAAGAUCGGGCUUCUGAGCCGAAGAUCCAGUAAGGAUUUUUGCAACACGAAGCGUACACAUGACAUGACUUCUUCACCUUGGUUUUUUAGUACAUCUAGUACCAGGCACAUGAAUGAAAAAAUAGAUGCCUAGGCCUCGUCUCCCUGACAAAGAAGAAGAAUUCUCUUAGGCUGAAUUCACUAUCUUCUUCUUCUAUGAACUACAAGAACUUCAACAGCUGUAGGUCCUCUUGGCGCCUUGUCUUGUUGGUUUUUGUUUGUUCUGUGUUGUUCGUCGUAGUCCGUUGGCUCUUGCUUCUCCUCAAUUAAAAACGGGCUAGGAAGGGUUAGUGGGGUGUUGAGAUAUUAUUUUUGAACCUUUGAUCUGGAUAAAAAUGGCAGUAUUAGCCGCGUCUGCGGCAAUUCUCCUAAUUAUAUAUUUUUUAUGAAACUUACAUUACCUGAAAUUUCUAUCUAGCAGACCCAAGAAUUGUUGUCCUCCCGUCUAACCACGCUAGGAUCAUGAGACCCAAUUGUUGUCCUCUAACGUUCGGAUUCGGCCUAGGGUGUACCAUCGGAGCUGGUAUAUUUGUUUCCCUUGGCGUCGCUGCGAAGCUCACGGGAGUGCGAAGCCUUUUCUUGUCCUUUCUUUAUGGGUGCGACGCAUAUUGAGGGACCUUACUUUCUUUUUUGGUUGUAGUCUUCUCCGUAGUUAAGAAUCCAUAACAUGAAAAGAGCUGGAGAAAAGAGAAGAAAAAGGAGAAAUGAGGAGAAAUGAAAAAGAAGAAGGUGCAACUAUUCGAGAAAAGGAACAGGGACAACAAUAAUUAGCCAGUAACACUGACACCCGUAGACUCUGUGUACAUCAUCAUCAUCAUCAUCACCAUCAUCAUCAUCAUCAUCAUCAAGGUCACUGGUCAAGUCUUGACCCAAAGCAUUGCAUAAUUCAGCGAACAUCCGCGCUUUAACUUCUCCUCGCUGCUAUGGCUUGUCUGGGGUCCGGUCUCUCCUAUGCAGAAAUGAGCACUCGAGUGCCAGGUGCCGGCUCAGCGUAUGCCUACGUCUACGCUGUCUUCGGUGAAUUGGCGGCCUUUCAGACAGGAGCCUUGAUCAUACUAGUAAGAAUGUCGAUGUUGUAGUUUUUUCUCCCCGAUUGUGUUAAUGUCGUAACAGAGGUGGACCAUGCAUCGUCGAAGCUCCACUCUUAUUUUAAGUAGAAGAUGAGCUUCGUUUUCAUUUAUAGUUAUUAUAUUUAGGAAGUAGCCGUGAAGAUCAUGGUCUGGUCCCAGAAGUAGAAGGCAGAAAAAACUAAGCACAGUCAGACCUAGGGAAUGUAGUGUCGGCAGCAGCUGUCUCCAGGAGUUUCACGAACUACUUCAAAAGGCUGCUUCUGGAUUUGGGUGUUAUUGUUGAGGUAUGGGACGGACAUGGAUGCACUAGAGCUAGAGCUAGAUGUUGAAGAGAAGUAAGUCUAGUCUACCUCUAAGUAAGUAUGUUUCCAUUUAUUAGAUCAAGUGCAGCAAUUUUUACAAUUUCCAUUCGGGAAAAUGAGAACAUUGACUGUAAAUAUAACAUUUACGAGGAAUGCAUCAGCGGUCGCUUUUGAGCUGAACUAUGAAGUUGGAACUUCUUUAAAUGCCAACAGUAAAUAAAGUCCAACCCUGGAAUCGAUGAAAUAGUAUUAAAAUCGUGAAUUGAUUUUUUUUCCUGCUGGAAGGAUGGUCCUCACCCUACUCCUCCUCCAAAAGCCCUCUCUUCAUUCAUGAAGAUCCCGAGAUCCUUCUGCCUGGUUCGAAAAAGCAGUCCUAGAUGGAUCCGACAAUCCAACCUUUUUUAAGGGUACACCUUUAAGGUGCUUUUCUUACCGCUUUUUAUGCCUCUCUCAUCCUAAGGGAGAGAGAAAGGGGGCAUAAAAAGCGGGGUAAGCAAGCACCAAAAACCUACCUCUAACUUUUUCUCCCUUUCCGGUAUAAGCUGCCUACUAGUCAUCUCCCUGGGUGCUUUGAACCUCCGAGGUGUCCCAACAGCCUUCAACGGAGUCCUUCAGAGCUUCAACGUGAGCAUCGUGGUCUUUUUCGUCGUCGUGGGCUUCGGACUAUCCUUCGGAACUGGAACUACAGCUGACGGAGGGUCUCCUCGUGAUGCGGUUCUCCUGGAUGCUGAAGAUGGAGCAGCAUCUUCAACAAAACAACAGAAUGUAGUUGUAAUCCCAGCAGAGCCUUCAAGAAUACAACCUAGUGCUUCGAGUCCGCGAAGCUUGACCACGACCAGUGUUCAUUCGCCAGAUGAAGACGAAAGUUUCCUCCUGAAUGGUCCUCGAGGUGUCCUCAGAGGUGCGAGUUUGGUCUUUUUUGCCUUUCUAGGAUUUGACAUGGUGACAACAUUGGCAGAGGAGACCCUAGAACCAUCGAAAAUGGUUCCUAGAGCCAUCAUCUUGACGAUUGCCGCGUCGUGUACGCUGUAUGUGGCAGUCAGCGUGGUAUGGAGAGGAAUAGAUAAUAGAGGAUCGAUGAAAUUACGAGUAUAGUAGAUCAUAGGGAAAAAUGCCAGAACCUGGAUUUGCAGACUGUGAUACAACAUAGUUAUUUCAAAUUUUGCUGUAUCCUUCCAUCUAUUCUUUCGCUGUAAUCAAUUGAAAAUGACAGCGAGCAGCCUGCUAUCAAUUGAUUGCUUCGAUCUAUCACCUCCUACCACUUUCAUCCAAAGUAUUCGCUUCGCUAGUCCUAGAAACAGGCAACGUGGACACCAAGGCUCCUCUCGCUUCAGCUUUCCUCUUUCGGUCUGCGCCUACUGCGUUGACUAGUCUCGUAUCAUUGGGCGCAAUCGGAAACACCCUAAGCACUGUGCUUGCGAGUGUAGUGGCGAAUCCUAGGGUACUUACUUUAUUGAGAAGCUGUUGGUCAUCGAAGUCAGAUUGAUGUUUAGCAGAUUUAGUUUCAGGGUUCUUGUUUCCUUUCUUCGCGGAAGAUGUAGGUACAACAUCAUCAAACUCACAAAGGUGGUCUUCACAUUACUUUGAUCAUUGUCAUUUUUCUUUGAAAAAGUAAGGGCACUAGAGGUACUGGGAAGUGCGCCAAAAUAUAUCUUAAUAAUAAUAUACAUACAUCAGGUUUUAUACCGUAUCCGUAUGUCCGCUGACGGGUUGUUGAUCCCGGAUGAAUAUGUUAAUAAUACAGGUUUUAUACCGCAUGUCCGCUGACGGGUUGUUGAUCCCGGAUGAAUAUGUUAAUAAUACAGGUUUUAUACCGCAUGUCCGCUGAUGGGUUGAUCCCGGAGUCGUUUGGCCAUGUCAGUUCCAACGGAGUGCCGAAAUUUGCCAUUAUCACUUCCUCUCUCUUGGCUGCUCUAUUCGCUGGGUUCGUAG